CACACGGCUCGGCAGUCAUGUCGGCGCCCGAGUCAGAUUGUUCAGUGUUAGAGUAGUUAAAAUUCAGUUGAAAGAAACGCGCUCUGUUAUUAUUUUGGUGAAAAAAUAGAUUAUCUGGAGAUUAUGCCUUUAGUUCAAACGACGCAUUUGUUGCAGUACUGACUAAUUUUGAGUUAUCUGUUUGAGUCAUGGCAUCUCUGUCAGAGGAGGUGCUGCUGGUGGUGAAAAAAGUUCGUCAGAAAAAGCAGGAUGGUACACUUUAUCUGAUGGCUGAACGAAUAGCCUGGGGUCCGGAAGGCAAAGACCGCUUCUCAGUCAGCCACUUAUACUCAGAUAUCCGCUGUCAGAAGAUAAGUCCUGACGGCAAAGCCAAAGUUCAGCUCCAGCUGGUCCUGCACACCGGCGAGAGUUCCACAUUCCACUUUUCCAACGAGAGCACCGCACUCAAAGACCGAGAUGCUGCCAAGGAGCUGCUGCAGCAGCUACUGCCAAAGUUCAAGAAGAAAGCAAACAAGGAGCUCGAGGAGAAAAACAGGAUGCUACAGGAGGAUCCUGUGCUUUUCCAGUUAUAUAAAGACCUUGUGGUGAGCCAAGUUAUCAGUGCUGAGGAGUUUUGGGCCAACCGGUUAGAAGGCAUAAACAAUGCAGAACCUGCACCAUAUAUCAACAAACAGGAAGUCGGUAUAUCUGGAGCAUUCCUGGCUGACAUUAGACCCCAGACUGAUGGUUGCAAUGGCUUGAGAUAUAAUCUGACAGCUGACAUUAUUGAAUCCAUCUUCAGAACAUACCCUGCAGUGAAGCAGAAAUAUAGUGAAAAUGUGCCUCAUAACCUGACGGAGAAGGAGUUCUGGACGCGUUUUUUCCAGUCCCAUUAUUUUCAUAGAGACCGCAUCAACACGGGAACACAAGAUAUCUUCUCAGAAUGUGCCAAACAGGAUGAGAAAGGGUUAAAGUCUCUGGUGACUCAAGGAGUGAAGAAUCCUUUGGUUGACCUCUUGUCGUUGGAGGAUAAAACAUUGGAUGAGGGUUAUGGAAUUAGCACAAUGCUACCCUCAACCUCUAAUGCAAACAGGACAGUGAAGGAGAGCAGCAACUCAGCCAUUAUAAAACGGUUCAACCAUCACAGCGCCAUGGUGCUGGCAGCAGGCUCCCGCAGAGGGGAGAUGCCAGCUGACCAGGCCAGUGAGACGAGCAGCACUGAUGGAAACUCAAGGGAUUCUGACUUCUUUCAACCUCCUGUUAAGAAGGUUAAAUUACAAGAAGCCAUAGAAUAUGAGGACCUGCAAAGGGAAAACAGACCUAAAACAGUCUCGUUAAACCUGAAGAAGUCAGACAGGUACGCUCAUGGUCCUGUUCCACUUCAGUCCCAACAGUAUACAACCAGCCAGGAUAUCAUCAACUCAGUCAACUACAUCCGACAUGAGAUGACUAAUUACAAACCCAACCUCACUCAGGUGUUGUCCAGCUCAGCAGCAAGUUCUGCUAUUGCAUCUGUCUCUCCAGGAGGUAUCCUAAUGCAAGCCGGUGCACAGCAAGCCAUAAAUCAGAUGGUACCCACUGAUGUUCAGAGUGAGUUGAAACAUCUUUAUGUAGCUGCUGGAGAGUUAUUGAGACACUUCUGGUCCUGUUUUCCUGUAAAUACACCAUUUUUGGAGGAAAAGGUGACAAAAAUGAAGUCAAACCUUGAGAGAUUUCAAAUGACUAAGCUUCGUCCAUUUCAAGAGAAAAUUCAGCGUCAGUACUUAAGUACAAAUCUUACAGGACACUUGGAAGACAUGCUGCAGACUGCCUAUAGCAAGUUCCACAUUUGGCAAACCCGGCGGAUGAUGAGGAAAACCUGACCUGUGGCAAUUUGACAUGAGAGACAUAAUUUAUAUGGACAGAUGACGUGUGAAGGUCCUCAAGACUGCUGUGAGGAGACCACACACCACAGCCCAAUGGAGCAUAGCUCACAAGGGCUUAAUAAGGAGGAUUUAGUAGGAAGCUGCUACAACCCCAAAUGUUCAACAGCGACUAAUUGCUUCUCAGUCACAAAUAACUGUAAUUAGUUUUGUUAUCUUUUCUUUGUUUAUUUCUCAAUGGUUAGGAGAUCUUGCUGUAAUAGUAAGCAUUUCCACAAUUAUGUAAUAUGACCAAACUUCAGCUGGAAAAAGGGCUCUCAGGAUAUCUGACUGAGGUGAGACGCAAGCAGAGGACAGUCAAUGUUUCGUCAGUCCACAGAGCAGGAAAAGAGGGCUUCGAUGUACAAAGAGACCCUCUGAAAGAUGGGGUGAUAUGUGGAAGAGUGUACAAAAAAUCUGAGGCAGGAAAGGUCGUGAAUACAGCAAUACUUAAGACAUUUCACACUCUAUUGCUUUACUGUGUGACUGAAAUCACACUGUCACUGGUUUGUAAUGUCUGCACUGAAGACAAAAUGUAAAAAUUAAAGUGAGACUUUUGUUC